CUGAAGUGUAUCGCGAGGGUUAUCCUUCAUAUGACACGAUAUAUUAGUCAAUGAAUCAGUUAGAGAACCAAAGGACCUGAAAAUGCAGUGGCAGCCAAGAAGGAUAUUUUGAAGUUUGAAAUGAUCCCUAUAUAAAUAGACCGGAUCAGCAUAACUUUGGGAUAAAAUUAGCCGGCAGUUUGUGGGCUAUCCAGCAUAUGCCCGUUCGCUUAGUGCUGCUCUCCUGAUAAAUCCCAACACAGCUUCCAGAGGGAGGGAAAGUAUGGACGACGAUGACACCCCGGUCACUAAGUCUGCGGCUGCCAAGUUACUUAAGAGAAAUUUCCUUGAAGCUUUAAAGUCAAAUGACUUCGGAAAAUUGAAGGACAUUUUAAUUCAAAGGCAAAUAGAUGUGGACACAGUUUUUGAAGUUGAAGAUGAGAAUAUGGUUUUGGCAUCUUAUAAACAAGGUUAUUGGUUGCCUAGUUACAAAUUGAAGUCUUCCUGGGCAACGGGUCUGCAUCUCUCUGUCUUGUUCAAUCACGUGGAAUGUCUUCUGGUGCUACUGGACCACAAUGCUACAAUCAACUGUAGACCCAACGGGAAAACUCCUCUGCAUGUAGCUUGUGAAAUGGCCAACUUGGACUGUGUUAAGAUCCUCUGUGACCAUGGAGCCAAGCUCAACUGCUUCUCCUUAAGUGGACACACAGCUUUACACUUCUGUACAACUCCAAGCUCCAUUCUCUGUGCCAAGCAAUUGGUUUGGAGAGGGGCAAAUGUGAACAUGAAGACCAACAACCAGGAUGAGGAGACACCCUUGCACACAGCGGCCCACUUCGGCCUCUCUGAGCUGGUAGCCUUCUACGUGGAGCAUGGGGCUGUCGUGGACAGUGUGAACGCCCACAUGGAGACCCCGCUGGCUAUUGCCACCUACUGGGCCCUCCGCUUCAAGGAGCAGGAAUACAGCAGGGAGCACCACCUCACCUGCCGGAUGCUGCUCGACUACCAUGCCGAGGUCAAUGCCAGGGACGAUGACUUUAAGUCUCCGCUCCACAAGGCAGCCUGGAACUGUGACCACGUGCUCAUGCACAUGAUGCUGGAAGCUGGGGCCGAAGCCAAUCUCAUGGAUAUCAAUGGCUGCGCUGCCAUCCAGUAUGUGCUGAAGGUCACUUCUGUGCGACCGGCUGCCCAGCCUGAGAUCUGCUACCAGCUACUGUUGAACCAUGGGGCUGCUCGAAUAUACCCUCCACAGUUCCAUAAGGUGAUACAGUCUUGCCAUUCUUAUCCCAAAGCAAUCGAAGUAGUAGUCAACGCCUAUGAACACAUCAAGUGGAAUGUGAAGUGGAAAAGAGCUAUCCCGGAUGAUGACUUGGAGAGAUACUGGGAUUUUUACCAUUCUCUCUUCACUGUGUGCAGUAACUCUCCGAGGACUCUCAUGCAUUUAUCGAGAUGUGCCAUUCGAAGAACAUUACACAGCAGAUGUCACAGAGUAAUACCUCUGCUUUUCCUCCCGUUGUCAUUGAAAAAGUACUUGCUUUUAGAGCCAGAGGGAAUCAUUUAUUAAGCCUUAUGGGGCAGAAGUUCCCAAUCUUAAAUAUUUAAGUGGACUCACCAGGUAGACAGUUUGCAUAAAUAAAACGGUACUUGAGUUGAUUACGACACUUCAGGGAUUUCAAAAUACUUUACAAGCACUAUGCCAUUAAUCCUAGGAUAUCAUGGUGAGGGGAAAUAAACAAGAAAGUGAAGUUAAGGAAACUCUCAGAGAUGAGAACAUACCCAGAGGGUACCAACGUAACAAUAAUAGCUAAUAUAUAUAUAGUGCUCUUACUAGGUGCCUGACAUAUUUCUGUAAACCUUUUCAUAUUUUAUCUCAUUUGAAAUGGGACCCAGGUUUUCUUACAACCAAUCUCUUUCUCUCCCUUAUCAGUGAAAAGUUUACAUUACUGUUCAGUUGGCAAAAUCAUAGCCUUUGUGAUCAGUCCCUUCAUCUCAGUGUCUGCCCUGUUACCACUUAGCAGAAAAUACUGUUGCUGGUUUUGCAAACUCCUAUCCCCCCACCAAGCUCCUUAACUUAAUUUUCAUGAAGAAAGCACAUGAGCAUAGUCAAAACAAGAUCUUUUGAGCCAAAUUAGAAAUGAAAACAAAAACCACUUACUAGUUUCAAAAUGGACAUUUUGACCCACUCUCAAUGAGCCAGAGACUGGAGUUGCAGUGAUGAGUCCAAAGCAAGGACUCCUGCCCUCUAGGAUCUCACCACGAGGCAGAGGAUCCAGACACGCAAGCAGGGACCUGCAGUGUCACGUCAGGGGCAACAGUACAGGUGCAGACCCAGCUCAGCGGUUGCCUUUCAAAGUCAUGCUUCACACAGGAAGGUGGUUUUUCUUUAAAACACAAAGAUAGAGUGAAAAGAUUAUGUAAGGUGGAGCGAUGGCCUGCUGUUGGUGUAAAUAUAUUCACUUUAAGUGUCUCUGAACAUCUAGAUGCUGUUUUAUUUUAGUAUGAUUUCCUGUCUAGUGCUUUCCUUGGGAAAAAAUAUUGCCCACUCAAUGUCUCCCAUGUAUGUGUCAAGGAAGUCUGGGAAAACGUGUGCAAGGAAGUGUGUGAAGAGCUAGGCUUAAAUUGAUCACUCUGGUGUUUCUAUGUAACAGAUUGACAUUUCAGAGCACUUUAGCCCAAACAUAAGGAGCACUUUGCUACUGAAGGCUGGCUACAGGAGGCAAAGACUUUUGGAAAAUGGAAACGCUUUUCGUAGAAGUUUGAGAACUUUAGAAAAACAAGUUAGUCAGACUUGUUAGUGGUUUGCAGAAAGAGAAAUGUAGAUGAGUAACCUCUGGACCUCAUUGUUUAUGAAGCCUACUUUGUUUACCUUUUUUGUUCUUGCUAAUCACUUUUAGAUAAAUUCAUUGCCUCUUAGCAUCACUUUUUAGAGGUUAGAGCAGGAGUAAUUAAUUACUGACACAUCUCUUUGCCUUUUGUGAGCAGGUUUCUUUUAUUUGUGUGAUUCUUCAUCUUCUUUAACUUUAGUUACUUGAGUUUUUAGUAGAGAUGAUGUCACAUAGUUCACUAGCCUAGCACCUAGACUGUGUUCUACUCUGGGAUUCUCAUACACCUGGUGUUGGGCAGGAAAAACCAUAGGUGAAUACAAGAAUCUUUCUAAUUUUCUUCAGUUUUAUUUAAAUAUUUGGGGACAACACUUUUGUACUAAAACAAGAUCCAUAUUAUGGAACACAAAGCUGAAUUUGUAUGAAUGAUCCGCAUAAAACAUGACCCUCCCAGAAAUAGUUUGUUCGCAGCAAGCUGGUGUUAGAACACAUGCUGCAGUCCUGGGGGGAGGUACCUGCUGCCCUCCACCCUCAAGAAUAUUGUGGCAGAAAAAGCUGUGACACUCUGACCUUGGUAAUAAAACUUGUGCUGAGGACAAAGGGAGAAAGUGUUCCUUGUGUGGGGAAAUAACGUUUCUCAGUCUACUUGUGCUUAACAUUUUGUGUUAAUGUAGCAUCUACUACACGGCUACUUGUUCUGAAUUGUUUGUUCAUGGAUUUAAAGUUAUUUCUCCUCAUCUUGGAACUUCUAUUUAGAGGACUUAAAUAAAACUCUUCCGUUUCCUUUCAUCUCUGUGAGCUGUUUAUCUACUGAUAAGACCUUUUACUGACUUCGCAGCAAUACGGCGGAAGAACUCCCCACAUUUCAUUGAUUUCUUUGGCAUUUUAAAGAAAAUGAGAGUGAAGAAAUGUGCCUGUAAUAAAUAAUAUUUUAGAAAGCAAGUAAAGGGUAAAGACACACAGAGCACAGGCAAGAGUAGGAACGAGAACGAGAGUGUUCAAAUAAUAAUGAAGAGAUGGUAGGCUCAGUCCCUUCUGCCCUUCACCACGUCUCUCCUUUUGGGUUUCAUUUCCCUUCAUCUCACCAUUCACACAAGCCUGGGCAAUAGCAACACAGGACAUCAUAGCCUCAUGCUGUCUCUGUUACUUUCUGUAGGCUGUCAUUUAAUUAUCUGGGGGAAAAAAACCUCUCCUCCAUUCUGUAAGACACAUGUGAAGAAGGACCUUGGAUAUGAGGGAAAGACCACCUGUCCACUUUCCUCCCCUUCUCAGGACCUAGACGCACUCGCGUUCUACUUUCUAAUCACCAAGUGUUACACUGUCACUUUGUCCUUCCAUCCUGAACCCAGUGGCUUCUAAUAAAAAACACAGCAGUCAAAAGCUGAUUGUAAGGACAAAUAAGAGUACCAAGCCAUUUGCAAUGAGUUAUCAAUGUUGGAAAAAACAGCUGAGUGUUAUGUUUUUGUUACUUAUCUGAUUGUGAAGAAACUAGAACACUUUCAAAACUUCUUAGAAACAAUCCAAUAAUUCACUCCUUUUCUUUGAAAAUACAACCAUCAUAGCUGGUAUCUGGAAGGAAUUCAUUGUCAUUUUCUUCAGGAGUAUGAACAGAUGCAUUACAGUUAGAUGUUGAGUUUUGUCUCUGAUACUUGUCUAUCUGGGUUCUUAUCCUGAAUCCCAACCUUAUUUGCCCCUUACCUAGGGAAAAUAAUACACUUGCUCUGAUAUCUCAGUUUUCUCAUCUGUGAAAUGGAAAUAAUAAUGGUACCUACCUCAUAAAAUUUCAUCUGAUUGUUUCCAGAUGUAGGGGAGGAAAAAGGUUUUCUUGACUCUCUAGGGCCUCUGGCUGGGUCUGCAAAUUAAACUGACAAGGACAGAUUGCAAGAGAAAAGCAUACAAAUUUAUUUAUUCUAAGUUGAACAUGACAUGGGAGAUUUCAUAAGGAAAUGAGACCUACAGAAACAGACCUGCAUAUUUUUAUGCUAGAUUUGAUGAAGAAUGGCAGCCCUGUAGACAUAUGAUAGGUCUUUAAGGAGAAUGAGGUAAGUGUAGUGAGUUGGGGAAAAAUUGGCAAGGUCUGUUUGUCUGGAUCCUUCUCUGGUGUCCCUUUGUCCUGAGAGAUAAGGAUGCCCCUUUUGUCCAGGUACAGGGAGAGGACCUCUCACAUGGAGGUUUUAUGACCUGUUUCAGGAGAGAAGGUAGGGGGUGAAUCAGAGUGACCUUCCUGAUUCUGUUCUUUUCUCAAACUAUUCAGCUAAAAUAUUCAGUAUGCCGAGGUACCAUAUUUUGGGGUAGGGUAUCCUGAACCCCAUCAGAGGGUUAAAUUGUUAAUACAUUAAAGCACAGAGGACAGAGCAUGACAUUCAGUUAACAUUUUAUUAUUAUUAUUGUCCUUGUUACUGUCAUCAUCAUUGUUAUUUAGAGAGGUUUCAACCAGUGGGGUCAUACAUUAUCAGAGUGCAGCUGCUGCUGAAGGUGGUACAUGGGCAGAUUUCUGUUCACUGGUAGAAAUAAUAAUUGAGCUCCUACUAUGUGGUGGGCAUGUUGCUAACAGCUGGAAUCAGUGGGGGAACAAGACACACCAGGUCCUUGACCUUCUUGGGCUUUUUUUGAGGUGAGGAUGGAGUUGGAAAUAACAUUGACUUGGAGGAUUAGCAAACAAGCAAAUUAAUUAAUUUUGGAAACUUGUCAUUUUGUAGGUGGGUUUAUCAAGGAUGAAAUGACUCAUUUUGCUAUUUCAUGAAGGCUGUGGAGUCACUUGAAAAUUUGUCAUGUGGACAGAGAGGGUUGAUAAGCUGUUUCCAUCUUCAGGGAGGGAAAAUGUCUGAAGAAGGUAACUUCCGAGCAGCAGGGGUGCAGAUCAGCAAUGAGAUUCCUCUAGCAGUGAGGGCUAUUGCCCAUCAGAAUGAAUGGACAGGGAGGGGUGGAGAAUUUCAUGAUUCUUUCGCUCUUGGGAAUUUACUAAGUACUAAUACAUCCGGGUUUCUGUGAAAUACGUGAAAGGAGGAGGGGAGUGUUGACACCAAGGCUGGCAAGAUUUACUCUCAGUUGCACAAUGUAUCUCUUUGUUUUUACUCAGAAGUAAGAAUAAAAAGUACUCAGUGGGGUUUUUCUUUAAAAAAAUAGAUACUAUCUAACUUAGCUAUUUUUCUGUCAGCCUGCCAUAAAAUGGGUGACUAGAAAUGAUUCUCAAAACCUAUAUUUCAGUGAUAAAUUGCCUUCUUCCUGUGUUUGUUUAUACCUGUCACCAGUGAGAAGCAAUGCAUGAAAUAGGCAAAAAUAUCACCCAAGAAGCAGUUGCUUUCUUUCUUUUCUUUUUCAACCAACACUAAGUGGAUUAGGUAUGCUUACAUUUCUCCUUUAGUAAUUGGUUUUCUCAGAUAUAAGUAUGCUUCAAUGAUAUUGGAUAACAACUAUGCAAAUAUAUGCUAUUCCAGCCAAGGAAAUAAAAUAACGAUGGUACCUUGUACUUCUUCGAUUGAACAUACUGGUGGAUUAGUUUUUAGUGCUCGUCAAGCCCAGAAGAUUUGACAAAACCAAACAUCAUCAGUAUUUAAGAAGAUCUUAGAAGUAGAAGACAGGCCCCAGAGAGCUUCUCUAAGUCCAGGAGGGCAGGCACUGCCAGAGUCACCAGGAAAGAUUUGAAAGUCAGUAUUUGAUUGACAAGAGGUGGGAAAUGAUGAAGAUUAUGAUCAAUUUAAAUUAGGAAGCAACACACACAAACUGCUGCCCUUCUAAACACUAAUACUGUCCCCUGCUC